AUGAAUGGCCACAAAGACCAUCGUCCUUGUUUAAAUGCUCGUUAUUUGAGGGAGACACACCCAAAUCGCAUACCUGUGAUUGUGAAGAAGGAUGCAAGUAGUGACAUUCCUGACAUGGACGGGAAGACUUUUCUUGUCUAUGAUGAUAUGCCUAUUCGAGAAUUUGUUGAUUUUAUUCAGGUCACCAUCAGGCUCAGCAGAAAAAAGCCCAUAUUUCUCUUUUUCAAGAACACUGAACCUCCCACUAGUGCUUUGAUGUCUGCAAUCGAUGAGGAAAAUAAGGAUGAAGAUGGAUUUCUUCACAUUACCUACAGUGGAGAAAGCAUGCAUGGUAACACACAAAUAUGA